AUGGAUGUACCGCCAGGCCUAGUUGUGGAGGCACCAGGUUUAGUGUGCAGGUUAAACAAGUCCCUAUAUGGACUCAAACAAGCAAGUAGACAGUGGUAUGAGAAACUAACUGAAGCAUUAUGUUCUAGGGGAUACACUCACUCAAUGCUUGAUUGUUCUUUGUUCUAUAAGAAAACUGAAAGAUCAAUAGUAUUUGUAGCUGUUUAUGUAGAUGAUGUUCUUGUCGCUAGCACCCAUCUACAAGAGAUUGAGUCUUUGAAAACCUUUCUGCAUAAUACCUUUAAGAUAAAAGACCUAGGAAGACUUCAUUACUUUCUAGGUUUAGAAGUUCAAUACACAGAAAGAGGAGUUUUGAUGUCACAAAGGAAAUUCACUAUGGAUCUUUUGAAAGAGUUUGGUUGUAUAGACAGUCCUCCUAUGACUUCUCCUCUAGAUUCCUCUCUGAAGUUAAAGGCGGAUGAGGGAGCUCGAUCGGCAGAUCCUUCCUAUUACAGGAAGUUGAUUGGAAAGCUCAACUUCCUCACUAACACUAGGUUAGACAUUGCCUACAGUGUGCAACAUCUUGGUCAAUUCAUGCAAAGUCCCAAAGAACCUCAUUUGAAGGCAGCAUAUCAUGUCUUAAGGUACUUGAAAGGUGAUCCAUCAUUGGGUAUUUUCCUUAGUAAUGAUGCAGAUUAUAGAGUGAAGGAUUUUUGUGACUCAGAUUGGGCCACUUGUCCCCGGUUCAGAAAAUCAGUUAGUGGGUACAUAGUGUUGCUUGGUGGCAGCCCCAUUAGUUGGAAAUCUAAGAAGCAUUCCAGUAUCUCCCUAUCCUCUGCAGAAGUUGAAUACAGAUAA